AUGGCUCCCCUUUGGUCUAUCGCCUCGUUCUUCACCCUGUGCGCUGCUGCACCGUUCACUAGCCGGCAGGCCGACACAUUCGUGACUGUUGAAGGUGGCCAAUUUCAACUUAAUGGAGAGCCUUUUAUCUUCGCUGGGAGCAAUGCCUACUACUUUCCAUUCAGUGGUACUCAGGCCGAUAUUGAAGCUGGUCUGACUGCUGCCAAAGACGCCGGUCUGAAAGUUUUCCGCACAUGGGGAUUCAACGACAAGAAUGCAACAACCGUUGCUGGCGGUCUACCUCAAUACGGCUCCGGAGAUGAGGCAACUACAUUCCAGCUGUUUUCGCCUAACGGAACCUCGACCAUCGACGUUACACACUUCGACAAGGUGGUUGCUGCGGCAGAAAAAGUCGGCAUCAAGCUUCUUGUCGCUCUGACAAAUAACUGGGCUGAUUAUGGAGGCAUGGAUGUUUAUACCGUAAAUCUUGGUGGAGUCUAUCACGACGAUUUCUACCGCCUCCCCCAAAUCAAAGAGGCAUACAAACGCUACGCUGAAGCCAUGGUCACUCGCUUCAAGGACUCACCAGCAAUAUUUGCAUGGGAGCUCGCCAACGAGCCCCGCUGCGGCGCCGAUGGCACUCGCAACCUGCCGCGAGGCCCAGACUGCACACCAGACCUGCUCACAGCCUGGACUGACGAGAUGAGCACGUAUGUCAAGAGUCUUGACAGCAACCAUCUCGUCACCUGGGGUGGCGAGGGUGGCUUUAACGACCCUACGAACUCUGACGGAUUCUACAAUGGUUAUGACGGUGGUGACUUCGACGCCGAGUUGGCUCUGCCCAACAUCGACUUCGGAGUCUUCCACUCUUACCCGGAUUGGUGGAGCAAGACCGUCGAGUGGACGAGCCAAUGGAUCCGAGAUCACGCUGCUUCAGGCCGAACCGUCGGCAAGCCAGUCGUGCAUGAGGAGUACGGAUGGUUGACUCCAGAGAAGAAGCUUGAGUAUCUCGGCACCACAUCCAAUAUCACCAGGGUGGAGGCCUUGGGUGAAUGGCAGGCUAUUGGAAUCGAGGAGGGCCUCUCGGAUAUGUACUGGCAGUUUGGCUUCUCGAACUAUUCCUACGGGCGGAACCACGAUGACGGUUUUACAAUUUUCUUGGACGAGGAAGAAGCCCAGCCGUUGGUAUAUGAGCACGCUGCCAAGGUAAACGCGCUCUAG